UUUCGAAGGGCUUGCACUGGAAACGAUGGACGGAAUGGCCUGGUUUGGGGUUGAAUUAGUCUCUCCUUUCUUGAUGGUGUGGCAGCCUCUUGCUGCUGCUGCUGUUUGCUGUGACUCCAUCUGAAAUCUGAAGCCUCAGUCCCGAAGACUGGGGCCGGCAGCGACUGCCUAUUCACUUCAGUCUGUGGACACUCGGAUUGGCCUGGCCUGUCCCAGCUCUGCAGCCGGCUUAAAGCCCAUCAGUGAUGUGUGAGGCUGUGCUGGGAAGGAGCAGAGCAGCCUGUGCAAGGAUUAGCACUGGCAGCCUGCCAAUGGGAAGAGAGGGCAGACUGCUGGGUGUGAGCAAUGCUGAGGCAGUGUGAGAUUGUGCAGCCUGUUCGAAAGGAGCAUUGCAUUUGUAUUGCAGACUGGGCGGUGACAGUGAGGAGCUCUGGUGGUCUGCCCGACUCUUCAGGAGCAGGAGAGCCCCGGUUAUCAUGGUAAUGCAUGCCAAUGACCGUCAGCUGUCGGCCACGACAGUCAGGCUCGGUGGCUGGAGGACGCCACGGGUGGCCGAGUGAGCUGCCCCCCUCGCCGGCACCAUGGCAAGAAUGGCCACGGCUUUGGGCGGCAGCGUCGUCGGGGGGCGCACCAUGUCCUGCAGCCUGGACGCGCCCGCCAACGCCAUCAGUGUCUGCCGUGACGGCUCCCAGGUGGCAGUGGCCGGGCGCAACAUCUUCAAGGUCUACGCCAUCGAGGAGGAGCAGCUGUGCGAGAAGGCCAACCUGCGGGUAGGCCGCAAGCCUUCGCUCAACCUCAGCUGUGCUGACGUGGCCUGGCACCAGGCGGAAGACAAUCUGCUGGCCACGGCCGCCACCAAUGGGGCAGUGGUGACCUGGAACCUGGGCAAACAAUCCCGCAACAAGCAGGACCAACUCUUCAUGGAGCACAAGCGCACAGUCAACAAGGUGUGUUUCCAUCCUGUGGAGGUACACAUCCUCCUGAGUGGAUCCCAGGACGGCUCCAUGAAGUGCUUCGACUUGAGGAGGAAGGAGUCCGUCUGCACCUUUUCAGGUCAGUCUGAGAGCGUGCGCAAUGUCCACUUCAGCGCCCGCGAUUUCUUCACCUUCGCUGCGACCUUUGAGAAUGGGAACGUGCAGCUGUGGGACAUGCGGAGACCAGACCGAUGCGAGAGGAUGUUCACGGCUCACAACGGACCCGUCUUCUCUUGUGACUGGCACCCGGAUGACAGAGGCUGCCUCGUGACUGGAGGACGGGACAAGAUGGUCAAAGUGUGGGACCUGACUGGUUACAAGCCCAGGGAGAUGUACUGCGUGCAGACCAUUGCCUCCGUGGCACAUGUGCUUUGGCGCCCAGACAGGAGAUACCACAUUGCCACCUGCUCCAUGAUGGUGGACCACAACAUCUACAUAUGGGAUGUCCGUAGGCCUUACAUUCCUUUUGCUAUGUUUGAGGAGCACCGAGACGUCACCACUGGCAUUGCCUGGCGCCAUAACCACGACCCCCACUUCCUUCUGUCCGGUUCAAAGGACAGCACCCUCUACCACCAUUUCUUCAAGGAUGCCCAGCGGCCAGCAGGCCAGGCAGUGCCCGAGGGCCUGUGCUUUGGCCUGUUCGGGGACGUGGCAUUUGCCGUCAAGGAGGGACUGUGCUCGGCCGAGAGCCACCGCAAGGCCCUGUCCGCCGACCGUCGAUACCCAUUCUUCUUUACCCGGCGGCCAGACCCCACCGAGCAGUUCACCAAUGUGUCGAGUGCCCUCAGCCUCUUCGAGACGCAGCCUGGCGCUGCCUCCAUGGACUGGUUCGCUGAGACAGCAGCCCGAUACAGCCUGAGCGGAGGGCCCCUGCCCGAGCUGUGUGACCGUAAUGCUGCCGUCGCCAGGCAACUCAACCGCCACCAAGUGGCGCAGAUCUGGAGGAUGCUGAAGAUCAUUUACACAGGAACAGGGGCGACCAGCAACAUGUUGCCAGGGUCAGGGAAGGCAGGGGCCCCCCUCACACCCCUCAGCAGCUUUACGUUGAAGGACAGUACAGCUGUGUUGGGAGGUGAAGCCAAACUGGAGCGAAGCCGAAUGGAGAACCGACAGGACAGUCUCCCUCUGGAUUCGACAGUCACCUCGCUGCAGACAAACGAAGAGAAUGAGGAGACAGAGGGAAGUGAUGCCCCAGCAGACUAUCUGUUCGGUGACGGUGAAGGUGAUGAAGAUGACUUCUUCAUAGUCGACCAUGAGAACGCUCCAGGAGAGGACUCGGAGUUUAUCCUCCCACAGGAAGGCUUCCCGCUGCGACAUGAAAUCCUCGAUCACCCGACAACUCUCGAUCACUUCCAAGACAAAACGGACUCGCCCCACAUCAGUGGCAACGAAGCGGACCUGGUCUCACUGACUCCGACCGAGGGCAUUUCCCUGGUCUCCGUCUCACAGCUGCCCUUUGAGAAUGGCUUUUCCACUGAUUACUUCAACCUCGUUGUGAGGGACAUGAUGUGCUUCUACGCUGAGCAAGGGGACGUGCAGAUGGCGAUCUCUGUCCUCAUUGUACUCGGAGACAGGAUCAAAAAGGAAAUCGACGAGCAGACACAGGAACACUGGUAUACCUCUUACAUUGACCUCCUCCAACGCUUCCAACUUUGGAAUGUAGCCAAUGAGGUGAUCAAGCUGAGCACGUGCAGAUCCAUCACAUGCCUGAACCAGGCUUCAACCACCCUGCAUGUGAACUGCAACAACUGCAAACGGCCAAUGAACACUCGAGGCUGGAUGUGCGAGAGGUGUCGGCGUGGUGGCAGUAGAUGUGCAGUGUGCCACCAAGCAGUGAAGGGGCUCUUUGUUUGGUGCCAGGGCUGUACACAUGGAGGACACCUCCAGCAUCUCAUGGACUGGUUUCAGUUCCACACCCACUGCCCGACUGGGUGUGGCCACCUUUGUGAAUACACGUAGCCAGUAGCACGCUCAUCUCCUUUCAACCUCCCGGAAGAGGAGACACCACAUAGAUGGAUUUCAUUGACUGGGGGCCAGGCGGUGCCUGCAGCUUACAGCAAGGAGGGGCCUUUCCAGUCAGGUGUGUAAAGGGAAGUUCAACCUGUUGAGGAGACAUUUCAUUCAAGGUUAACCACAGAAGGGAACAUAGCACCAAUGGAUUGGACUACAAUGACAGCCAGCGAUCUCUGAGAAAACUACCCCCUUUAUGCUGAAGUAAACGUUUCAAAGAUUUUUGGGCGAAUGGCAUCAAUAAGGCUGGUCUGCCCCAUAACUGAGGGCGGGGAUUGUUGUGGAACCUCUUCCUCAAGUUGGGUUGUCCACCACCAUUCAUCACAGGAGGGCCAGGACGAAAAGCCUGGCUGUGACUGUGUACUGGUUUUAGGAUCAUGCAGCCCUGCCUAUUACAUGCUGCUCCCUGCUGCAUGCUAGUCCUGUGCACACCUCGUGUUUAGGUCUCCUGGUGGCGUACCUAACCCCUCCCUACACUGCACUGUAGGUGCACCUGCAGCACAUGGACAGUAGCAGCUCAAGAAAGCAGCUCACCACCACCUUCUCCA